CUGCAUGAAAGUGUAGAAAGUUGUGCACGGCGGUGUCUUGCCCCUAACUUUUAAAGAAUAGGGCUGCAGGGGCUGUGUGUGUGGCGUCUUCCAGGGCUGUCUUACUAUUAGCGUUCGUUGCAGCGCCACUCGCAGAAUCUGAUCAAAUUCGCAUCAAUGGAGGCCGCCUACAUGACGACAGCGUGCGUGCCCCUGUGUGUGCCCCAGAUUACUCUUAGAGGUGCUCAGCAGUCUCGCGGUCCAGCUGGAAGGACGUGGUACCUGUUGUUUGCGCUAGGGCAGCCAUCGCAAGUGGCACGCCAGAAGAAUCACGGCGGCCAGCAUUGCUGUUCUCAAGGACGAACAGCAGCUCGUUCAGAGGCGGUUGUUGCUGCCAGUUUUGCGCCGCAAUCAAGGCCUGAGACCGCUUAUUCGACACAAGGAGAAUGCCGUCUUUGGAGACAGCUGGUGGUGCUGCAGGACAGGAGUACCAGAGGUGAACAUUGUGGGUGGCCGGGCACACGAAGUGCCCACACCAUUCGGGAAAGUGUUUUUCAAGCAAUGGGCAACACGCAAGAUGGUGGGGACCUCACAGACCUGCUGACCCCGCGAAGGCUGCCAGGAGGCGAGGCGGCACAGGGAGACGAGAGAGGCAGAAAGUCAGAGAGAGCGUGUAAGCGGUGCCAAGGAACGCACCUGAUCACCUGCGCAAAGUGUAACGGCAGGGGCAGGCUGUCCCCCCGGGGGGGCUAUCACAAAAAGAACCCAGUGUCCAUGGAGAAGAUCGAAGGGUCGCAGUGGACCGCCAUGGAGCGCACCCUGGGCUGGCGCCACUUCCGUGUGGCGGGCAAGCGGCGCGGCCCGGAGGCAGCGGCAGCGGGCGGGAGCGCGGCGUGGCUGGUAGAGAUGGUGGCCACGUGCGACCCCUCCGCGCGGCUCUGGAUCAAUGCGCAGAAUUUGAGGGACCGGGAACACUGGAGCAUGGGCUGGCUGCAGAAAGCAGAGCUGGCCGCAAGAACGGAUGAAGACUCGGAAGCAGGGAAAGUUUGUAAAGCAUGCCACGGAAGUAAAAGUGUGGCAUGCCCGGCCUGUAUAGCUUCUCGGAAGAAACUCGAACGGAAAGAGAAAGCAUCAAAUACUAGGAACACCGACCUGCUUAUUGGACGUGAAACGAAACUCGAUACAUCUAAAGCGCACGAAACGUGAGCUUUUAUGCUUGGAGUUGUAUGCAUAGCUGGUUACUGGUUAAUGGUUUUAUACUGAAGCUUGCUGCAGUGCACAUGUAGGAAGAGCUGCAAAC